AUGGCAUCAGAGGCAAUAUUGGAGGUAAUUCAGAUUGUCAGUGCUGUUGACAAAGAUGAUCCUAAAAAUGGGCAUUAUUUCUUGUAUAGUCUUCUUCCUGAAAUGGUCAACAAUCCAAAUUUUACUAUCAAGAAAAAUGAAGCUAUAAUUAAAACAGCUCUUCCCAACAUGGACAGAGAAGCCAAAGAAGAAUACUUUGUGGUCAUCCAAGCAAAGGACAUGGGAGGACAUAUGGGUGGACUUUCUGGAACUACAACAGUGACAAUUACACUCACUGAUGUUAAUGACAAUCCUCCUAAGUUUGCACAGAGUCUGUAUCACUUCUCAGUAAUGGAAGAUGUUGCUCUUGGUGAACCCAUAGGAAGGGUGAAAGCAAAUGACUUGGAUAUUGGAGAAAAUGCUAAAUCAUCGUAUGAUAUUAUUGAAGGAGAUGGAAUGGAUAUAUUUGAAAUCACUACAGAUGCCCAAACUCAGGAUGGUGUUAUUAGAGUGAGAAAGCCCCUGGACUUUGAGACCAAAAAAUCCUAUACUCUGAAGGUAGAAGCAGCCAACAUUCAUAUUGAUCCUCGCUUCAUCAGUGGAGGACCUUUCAAGGAUACAGCAACAGUAAAAAUUGUAGUAGAGGAUGCUGAUGAGCCUCCAGUCUUUUCAUCACCUACAUACCUAUUGGAAGUGCAUGAAAAUGCUGCUAUUAACUCUGUGAUUGGUCAGGUGACAGCCCAUGACCCUGAUGUGUCUUCCAGUCCUAUAAGGUUUUCCAUUGAUCGUCAUACUGACCUUGAGAGGCAGUUCAACAUUAAUGCAGAAGAUGGAAAAAUAACUUUGGCAACACCACUCGACAGAGAAACAAAUAUGUGGCACAAUAUAACGAUUGUAGCUACUGAAACUAGGAACCACAGUCAAGUGUCCCGGGUGCCUGUUACUAUCAAAGUUCUUGAUGUAAAUGACAACGCUCCUGAGUUUGCAUCAGAGCAUGAAGCCUUUUUAUGUGAGAAUGGGAAGCCUGGACAAGUAAAUAUCUCCAUGUUUUUUAUGUUGUAUAAUUUAGAGUGUUAGAGUGGGGUGCAGUUUCUCCCUGUCAUUUUAUCUU